AAAGAAAACUUAGAAAUAAUGCAUAUGGUCCAAAAAAUACGAGAAAUACUAAACAUUCCUUCCGAUCAAUAUCUCCUGGUGGCAUUUGACGAAGUUGGUGUCCUUGACAAAAAGCGAAACGAAUUUCAACUCAAGAAAAACAACAAAGGUAGAGUUCGACCUUACAACGACUUUUUCGGUAUCAUUAGUCAAUUGUGCAAAGAACCCGACUUGUUUUUUAUAGUUGUUGGGAAAAGUGAAGGCUUAAAUAUAUACAAUUACGUAGCUUCAGUCUCAAGAGUUCAGUUAGUAUUUAUUCCUCUUUCGCCGCUUGAGAAACAGAGUAUCGUGGAACAUUUGGAGAAAAGUUCUUCCUUUUUAUUCCCUGGGAGCCCAAAGGUUUCAGAAAUUCUUUGUCACGAAGACUUCUCAACUAGUGAACUUGCAGAAUUGUUGUUGGAAUUGACUGGUGGUGUUCCUGGUUUACUUGUUCGAGCAAUCAGUUACCUUCUGCUGUAUAAAUCAUCCAACAACAAUUUCUCAUUAUCUAAGGAAACCUUCUUGAUCAUAAUGAAUAGCUUUCUAGUAACAAAUUAUUGUGUUGCGCCAUUCUUACCUCGUCUGAUAAGUCUCAGUGAGCAGCGUAAGCGCUUGUUAAGAAUGCUUACGUUAUUAUCUUUGUAUCGUAUUCGAUUUGAUUUUGAUGAAACUGUGCAAAUAAGCUCAAAUUCUGAUGUGUUUUUGUUUGACCUAGUUACAGAUAUGUGUCUCUAUCGUCGAUUGGUUAUAGAACCAGACCACAACGAACGCUAUGAAGUGUUGAUACCCAAGUUACUGAUUGAAUAUAUUGACCAAGGCGUAAAGGAUGAUCGUUUAGAAUGGUUACUUUUACAAACCCUCAAGUCUCAAUCUAUGGAAUUCUUUUAUGAGUCGAAAUGUCGAAUUUUGGAAGGUCUUAUUGCGACACUGUUUUAUUUACAUUUUUCUCGGCAUCCUACAAACAGCUCAAUGUUUUCUACUCUUGGUCAAUUGUCUCGUGUUUGGAAUGAAAUGAAUUUACAAUUUUCUUCCGAAUCUGCUGCUUAUUAUAUGAAAUCUAUACAUUAUACCAGAACUGUAUCAGGAACAGAGAGAAUGACAUUUGGAAGCAAUGAAUGGGAAAGGAUAGUGGAAGAAAUGUUAGAACUUGAAAAGAUAUAUAUUCCAUUUCAUUCAACAUCCCAUAAACUUGAUGAGUGGGUAUUGCUUGUAAAGGCCGAUGGAGUCGUAAUGGUAUUCGAUGGAAUGAAAAUUUUGGAAGAAGCUCACAAGUUUUUAAAACCAGUGCAUGAUCAAGUAUUGACUAGUCAUUCUACAUGGCAUUGUAUGUUGAUUAUUAUGAGUACUCAGUUAGCAACCAACGUAUCUGAGGACUUGAAUCAUUCUAGUCGUUGUUAUUCAUCUGGCGAUAGUGUUGAAGAUUUCGUGAUUCCUCACAACUGUGAAUUGGUUAUUCUUUCUGAAGCCGAUGUAGAAAACUUUAUUGGCAAAGACAUUUUAUCGAAUUUAAGGAACGCUUUCAAAUCUGUGGAUAAUCCACAUUCGAGAAAUAUUGGCAUUUCAACCCUACAAGAAAUAGUUUCAUCUCUUUCCAAAAAUAUUUAAGAAUAUAUCGUUAUUGUUCUUUAAUGAAUAUCAAUUGAGUCUU